UCCAAUCGUUUUUUUUGGAAAUCACUCAUAACUCCUCUUCGUCCCCGUUCGUUCUUCCUGGAAAACUAGGGAUUUGAGGUUGAAAAUGGCUGAUGAAGCAAACAGAGCAGCUUUUAUUGAAAUACAGGGUCGCAUGAUCGAACUCACCGGAAAAUUUAAGCAGGUCCAGACCCAAAUGCGAAAUAAGGAAGGGGAAAAGAAGCGGGCAUAUUUGACAUUGGAGGAACUGCGGCACCUAUCUGAUGAUACUGUUACCUACAAAUCGAUAGGAAGAACGUUUGUCUUAGAGCCCGUGUCAGUGUUAAUGGAUGAGCAAGAGAAGAAGUUAAAAGAUAGUGAAGCUGCAAUUACAGCUUUGCAGACCUCAAAGGAGUACUUGGAAAAGCAGAUGGCCGAGGUGGAGAAUAACCUGAGAGAGCUAUUACAACAAGAUCCUGGUCUUGCCCGUCAGAUAAUGUCCAUGUCGGUAAUGUAGUUUUCCUGUACUUAAAUUCUAACGGUCACCGCAGGGGCAUGAUAUGAAAUUGCAAGUUUAAUUUCUCUUUUGUGUGUAUCAUGGAUUCUUCAAUUAUGCUCAGAAACUCAUAAUGUCUGUGUCAAACUGUUAUUUCAACAAUUUUUAUACUGUAUGAAAUGUUUGUGGAUUUUCAUGGUACUUCCA